CAUCCGCUUAAACAUCCGUGUUCUAAUUGAGGCAGUAGCACUGGACUGCAACCAGCUUUCUUACCUUAUUCCGUGCAAAUUAAUUUGAUGGAGGACAGGUAAAACUGACUCCAGAACAGAUACUACAUUUUUUGUUGUUUUCCGUUUGUGUGUGCGGAACUGAAUGUGGCGGUGUAGCGUCUAGUGUGAGCAUUAUUCUGCGUUCGUGAAAGGGUUAAAUUCCAGCAUGAUGUCUGAGGGCAGUUCGUUUAUGAAAGGAAUGGUCCUAGGGGGUUUAUUCUGCCUGGUGAUGACUUACUUUGAGACCUUUAAUCCAGGAAACCACUCAGAAGGUCACCUGCAUCUCCACCAUCAUCUGAAACCUCUCAGCAAAGAAGAACUACAAAAGUUAUCAGAGGGUCAGAUGUCUGAUCUCACCCAGCAGGUUCGAGUGUACUGUCUCAUCAUGGUCACUCCCAAGCUCCUGGUCCACUGGGCAACAGCCAACGACACUUGGAGCAAACACUGCGACAAAUCUGUGUUCUACACGUCCGAAUCUUCCAAAGCUCUAGAGGCGUUUGACCAACAGGAACAGGAUGAGUGGGCUAGGAUGCGCAAAGCCAUCAAACACGCCUUCGAGAAUGCCGGAGACCUGCGCUGGUUCUUCUUGGCUCGGCCCACCACAUUUGCAAUUAUAGAGAACCUCAAGUAUUUGGUAUUGGAAAAAGAUUCAAGCCAGCCAUUUUACAUUGGCCACACGGAAAAGUCCGGAGAGCUGGAUUAUGUGGAGUACGACAGUGGGAUUGUGCUGAGCUACGAAGCAAUGAGAAGGCUGAUAGAGAUAUUCAAAGAUGAGGACAAAUGCCCAGAGCGAGGAAAUGCCUUGUGGAAGAUGCCUGAAGAAAAGCAGCUCGCCACCUGUCUGAAGUACAGCGGGGUGUUCGCUGAAAAUGGAGAGGAUGCGCAAGGCAAAGGGCUUUUUAACAAGAAGAGCGUCAGCUCCAUGAUUUCCGACAGCAUGGGCCAAAACCCAGCUGACGUCGUGGAGGCCUGUUGCCCUGACAUGGCCAUCACUUUCGGUGGCAUGUCUCCAAGCCAGAUGCAGGUCUUGAUGUAUGGUGUCUACAGACUCCGGCCGUAUGGACACGACUUUCAUGAUUCCUUGACAUUUCUGCCUCCUAAAGACUCUGAUAAUGACUGAUUGACGUUUCUGUAUUUGAACUGUUACUGUGACACAGAACUGAAAUAUUGAUGAUAACUGGGUUCAGGGCUGAAUUAUCUGUGAUGUGUAAUAAUGUGUACUUUAUUUCUGUUCGUGUGUGCUGAAGGUUAGUGCUGGGGUGUAAGUUGAAGGGUUUUCUGGUAAAGGCAAAAGAUUAAUGGUUUGCAUAUGAACAUGAUUUAAACAUGAGGGCCAAUAUUGGAAAAUUUUGCGCACUUGAUAGUAUUUCAAAUGAACAUUUGCUAGAUUUAUGAAUGGCACAUAUAUGGAUCAGAUAUGCACUGUGAUGCCAAAUUGAAAGUCCCUGCUGUUUUAUGAAUGGUAUUGACUUCUACAGCUUCUAACAAUUCAAAAGAAAAUGCAAAAUGUAUACGUUAUAUGAUCUAUUUGAUGAUAACUGUAUGUUUAUCUAGCUGUGUUUUAAUAAUUUUUUAAUUUUUUCUUUCUUUUCUGGGACCUAACAAUGGGGCACUGGUAGGAAUGAAAACCCUAGAAUUUUUUUUUUUUUUUUAAAUGAAGUACAGUAUUUCAGAGGGAAAGGCUGUUUCUAUAGCAAAUGGCAAAACAAGAUGUCUGAAGUCAGUUAAAUAUGGUUUAAAAGUGUAAUCCAAAUACGCUUGAGUUUGUGAAAUUACUUUUGCUGAUUCUCACCUGCUUUAAGGAAUAGUACAGUUUACAAAUAGAGUGCUAUCAGCAGUGCAGUGUAUAAAUGAAUACACCCAUAAAACAUUAAAUCAUCAUUACAUGAAUAUUUGAUCUUACAACAGAUUACAAAACUAUUGGUAGGUUGGGAUUAUUUUAUUUAAUAAAAAAUGAUGAAAAUUAA